AUGAGUCUUGACUCCUAUGUGCAUUUUAUGCGUAUGGCCACCAAGCUUGCGCGCUACGCGCUGGACCAUGGCGAAACGCCUGUUGCUUGCAUUUUUGUUCACACGCCAGCUGACCAGGUGGUCGCUUAUGGAAUGAACGACACCAACAGGUCACUGACAGGCAUAGCACAUGCGGAAUUCAUGGGUAUAGAGCAGAUCCAGUCCAAGUUUGGCGCUCAAGAUACCUCAAUAUUUAAGGACAUCACACUCUACGUGACAGUUGAACCUUGUAUUAUGUGCGCGUCGGCUUUGAAACAGCUGGGGAUUCAAAAGGUUGUAUUUGGAUGUGGUAAUGAGCGCUUCGGAGGCAAUGGUUCCAUUCUCUCUAUUCAAAAGGAUAGCUGCACGGCCCCGCAGAAUAAACAUAUUUCUGUGCCAGGCAUACUGCGAAAAGAGGCUAUCAUGCUUUUGAGGUAUUUCUACGUAAGAGAAAACGAGCGCUCACCCAAGCCUAAAGCCAAAGCUAACAGAAAGCUCGACGUUUCGACAUUCCCGCCCAUAGACUGGAGCUUAUACCUCACUAGAGAAGAGUUUAAGGAUAUACUGGGUUCGGAAUAUCUAUCUCACUACGACGAAAAGUUGGACCUAAGCAAGACAGUUGAUUGGGGACUUAUAGAUGGGAACUACGAUGACUUUUUUCUGAACAUAAAGCAGCAAUGCGAUCAAUUCUCAUUGCAAGUUCCGAAAAAGCUCAAGCAGGAAAACUGUAGAUAG